AUAAAAAUAAACAUGUCUAUUCCUACUCUUGCUCACUUCAAGUUACCUGAAAUCGAUAAUGAGCCUAUGCGUCAUUAUGCUCCUGGUUCUGAUGAAAGACUUAAGCUUGAAGCUGCUCUUCAAGAUUUAAUUGCUAAAGGUACAGUUGAGGUUCCUGUUAUCAUUAAUGGUGAAAAGAUUUAUACCGGUAAAACAGCUGAACAAUAUAACCCUUCAAAUCAUAAGUCAGUUGUUGCCAAAUUUCAUCAAGCAGAUGCUGUUCUCACUCAAAAGGCUAUUGAUGGUGCAUUAGCUGUAAAAGAUCAAUGGGAAUCCCUUCCUUUUAAUGAUCGUGUUGCUGUCUUCUUGAAGGCUGCUGAUUUGUUAUCUUCUAAAUACAGAUAUCAACUUAUGGCUGCUACUAUGUUGGGCCAAGGUAAAAAUAGCUGGCAAGCUGAAAUUGAUGCUGCUGCUGAACUUUGUGAUUUCUUACGUUUCAAUUGCAAGUAUGCAGAGGAAAUUUAUUCUCAGCAACCUCCUAAGAAUGCUCCUGGUACCUGGAAUAGAACUGAAUUCCGUGGUUUAGAAGGUUUCGUCUUGGCUAUCUCUCCUUUUAACUUUACCGCUAUCGGUGGUAAUUUACCUGCUGCUCCGGCUUUAAUGGGUAAUGUCGUCCUCUGGAAACCUUCUCCAAGUGCUGUUCUUUCUAAUUAUUUAUUCUAUGAAAUCUUGGUUGAGGCUGGUCUCCCCGCAGGUGUCAUUCAAUUUAUUCCCGGUCCUGCUGAGGAGAUCUGUGGUCAUGCGAUCGAAAGCCGUGAUUUUGCCUCUCUUCAUUUUACUGGCUCUACUCAUGUCUUCCGUCAUCUUUGGAAACAAAUUGGUGAUAACAUUCAUCGUUAUAAAGCCUAUCCUCGUAUCGUCGGUGAGACGGGCGGUAAGAAUUAUCAUUUAUUGCAUCCAAGUCUUGAUGAGGCGGGUGUUCAUCAUGCUGCAUUACAAACUAUUCGUGCUGCAUUCGAAUAUCAAGGUCAAAAAUGCUCUGCUUGUUCUCGUGUCUAUGUGCCUAGUUCUCUCUUUGCUCAAUUUAAAAAGGAUUUAUUGAUCGAACAUGCUAAAAUCACACAAGGUCCUGUUACUGAAUUUCAACAUUUCUGUGGUCCUGUCAUCAAUAGAAUGGCAUUUGAUAAGAUCAAGAGUUAUAUUGAACACGCUGCGGUUGAUGACAAUUGUGAAAUUUUAGCUGGUGGUAAAUGGGACGAUAGUGUAGGUUAUUUUAUUGAACCUACUAUUAUUCUUACAAAGGAUAAAUUUGCAAAGACAAUGAAAGAAGAAAUCUUUGGUCCUGUAGUGACGAUCUAUGUCUAUGAAGAUGUUGAUCUUGAAGCUACUUGCCAACUUAUUGGUGAGACCACUGAAUAUGGUUUAACGGGGGCUUUAUUUGCUAAAGAUCGUGCUGCUAUUGUAUCUGGUGCUAAUAUGCUUCGUAAUACUGCGGGUAACUUUUAUAUUAAUGAUAAAUGUACAGGUGCUGUUGUAGGUCAACAACCCUUUGGUGGUGCUCGUGCUUCAGGUACAAAUGACAAGGCAGGUUCUUGGUCUCUUUUAGUUCGCUUCAUUUCUACUCGUACUAUUAAGGAAAAUUUUAUUCCUAUUGAAAGCUUUACAUAUCCUUCUAAUGCUAUUUAAAAG